GGAUCGGCCUAUAUAUGUCAUGUAGAACAUGUCUAGCGCGUCGCUGCGGGCUAUCGCGGGAUUGAUAUAACAUACAUACAUACUACAUACAUACUACAUACAUAAGACACUUGCUGUCGUCAUCUAGUCUGCAUCUGCUUCAGACGUUUAAACGAAAAAAAAAAAAGACCAGCCCAGCCCUCGAGGAAAUUCCAUUCAUGACCCCAAGACGGAUGGACUCCAUUCAAAUUUCUCCUCAAAGGAUCCACCCGCACAAAACCCACACCAUCUCCAGAAUGUCCAGGAACACGGCCUCUAGCUCGGUUCACUGCCGGCCUCCGCUCAGAUUGCCUCCGCAGUCGCAUCCCAGCAGCAUCGAUACGCCUCGACAGCGCUCCAAUAACAUGGACGGCUCCAACCACAUGUCAUCCAGCAUCACGGAGCUCGAUUUGAGCAAAUGUCACCCGCGGAUGGUUGACAGGAUCAAUGCCGUACCCGGACUCAAGACCAGUGCUGCUUUCUUCACCUUCCUCCGCGCCAACCUCGUUCUCCCUCACUCCGGGCUCUCCUCCAACCCCUCCACUCCCUACCUAGAGCCCUACGUUCCUCCACCACUACCGCCGCUAUCUCGCUCACCAUCUUCCUCCUCAUCCUCAGCUUCAACCGCCAAAUCCUCCAAAUCAAGAUCCAAGUCAACCACCAUGACAUCAACACCACCAACUGUCGCCGCCAGCGGUGCCGAAAACCUCGACGACAUCCCCCCUCUCACCCUCGACAUCCUCACCACCCGCCCCGCCAAGACCGACGCCCUGAAACUCAUCGCCGACUCCAUCGCCCAACAGCGUCAACAAGCCUCUUACCACCUCAUCACCCACCCUGCCUGUCUUUCCGCGCUUUCCGUCGCCUUGGCAUUGGUCUACCAAUUCGGCAUUGCCCGCGCCUCCCCCCAACACCAAGACUGGGGCACCACAGCCAUGCUUCUCUCUGGAGUAGUCAUGACCUACCUGAUGACCAUCAGGUACUUUACUUCAGGUUACAUCAAGCUAGCUGAAUCCCUAUCUUGGGAUUGGCUACUCAAUCCGUCGGCAGCGGACGGCAACAGCCCAGCCACGGAAGAAGAAGACAUCGUCCUCGGCACCUAUUAUGGCACCGAGCUCAUUGGCGCCCUCGUCCUUCGUCUCGAACCACCCACUUCCUCUCGCUCCUCCUCGCCCACCGCAAACAGACAGCGGAAAUCCCACUCCCGCCACAACUCCUUCUCCGCAAAGACCAAGUCCUUCAAGGGCGGGAGGGGCGUGAUCCGCGCGUGGACGACUAAGCUCAGAUACAGAGGCAGGGGCGUGGGCAGGGAUAUGUUGGUUGAAGCGGUUAGGCUGACGCGGGAGAAAUGCGGAAAGGAGGCAGAGGUCGGGUUCGCGGCCGAGCAUGCAAAUGCUAACUGUGGCGAGGUGUUACCUGAAUGGUUCUGUGGUCGGUUUAGGAAGGGGGAGAGGAGGGCCGCGAGGUGUUUGGAGGGCGUUGUUGCUGAGUACAAGCGGUAAUUGAAUCCAGAUUGGGAAGUUAGGCGAUAUCUUGCCUGCUUCGAGGGGGAUAUCGUGAAGGUCGGUUAUUGAGUUGCUCGUUGUCGUGGUCGGACGAACCAUCAUGGAUAUGGUACCGACCAGCAAGGGUAAUCUGGGGGGGUUUGUCCACUCGCUCUAAUGGGUUGGAAGCAGUUUUUUCUUUCAUUACGAUAAUACCUACCUACAGGCGUUCACCGGGGUGGUUGCUUGUUCUUUCUCGCAUGUUUUCUGUUUUCGCUUUACGCCCAAAAUCCUCCGGUCUUUCACAACUUUCUUCUUUCGAGAUACCACUUAGAUUUUGUACACGGACAUGGAUGAGCCAAGGUGCUCGCGGCAGCACAACUCGCUGGCGGCUGAUGUCACAAUUGGAUAGGAGAAAAAGAUACCCUCGUUCUAGAUAAUAAUAAAACAUAAGUCCCCUA